AGAAAAAAGUAAUUGAUUAGAGUUAGUUACUUUAUACUUUUAAUUGGAAAUAUAUCGCGCGAAUUCGAUAACGAUGGCUGAGAGCGACUUAGAAAGCGAGCCCUUGACUGAUCUAGAGGAGACAUUUAACAGAGCUAGCAAAUAUCUGCAAACGUUGGUGUCAGAGUUAGAUUCAGGUCAGCUGCUUGCAUUUUAUGGUUUGUACAAACAAGCUACUGUAGGACCGUGCGACAUCCCGCGGCCCAAUUGGUAUCAGAUGCAAGCCAAGCACAAAUGGGAAGCAUGGAAGAAUCUUGGAGAUAUGAGCCGCGAGACCGCGAUGACAAAUUACAUCCAUGGACUCGAGAAAAUAAAUCCGACGUGGGAUGAGGAAGAGACAAAAGCCGGGUCUCAAAAAUGGAUUGUUUUUAGCAAGUUGUCGUAUGGAAGCGCGGAAUUGAAUGACGAAGAUAAAACAUUCUUAGAUUGGAUCAAGGAGGGCAAUGAGGCAAAGGUGCAAGAGUUUUUAAAUGGCGAACCCGCGCUCGUCAACAAGCCAGACGAGGAAGGGAUGCAUCCCAUACAUUGGGCUGCGGAUCGCGGCUAUCUCGGAAUCUUGGAUUACUUGAUUAAGAAUGGCGCGAAUGUAAACUCGCGGGAUCAGUACGGGCAAACGGCCCUUCACUACGUGGUAAGUUGCGAUCACGUAGAUGCGGUGAAGUAUUUGCUUUCAAUCGGAGCUCAGUCAAAUAUAGCGGAUAACGACGGUAUGACACCCAAAGAAAUUGCGAACGAGCAGAUCGCAGCUCUUUUAUAAUACUAACAUUAUGCUGUACACUGCGUUUACAAUUGUUAAUUUUGUUUGCAUAUAUUAAUAAAUCCUGUAUACUGAUAAUUUCACAUGGAAAUCA